GUUUGUGUAAAAUUAUAGGUUAAGGUAAUGGCGGCGACGCCGGGGAGUAUUGAAGGUUCGGACAGGGUAAUGGAAACAGCGAAACAGAUCGUGAAGAGUCUCAAGACUCUAAACACAUCCAGUAAAGAGACCGAGGACAUGAUCUUGAUUUUGUCCAGCCUAGACAACCGAUUAUCGAGCAUCAACGAUCUCGUGUCUAAUUCGGAAGCAGAAGAUAGCACGGUCGAUGCUCGAUUUGAGGCUGCUGAGAAGCUUAUUCUCAGUUACGACUCCAAUUGCGAGCCGUACGAUGCCGUAGAAUAUUUGGCCGCGGUCGAUGAGAUCCUACAGUUGACCGAAGAUUUAUCGAUCCAACCAGAGAGCGAGAUCAUGGAUCGAGCCGAAAAUGCACUCCAAUUGGCCAUGUCGAGGCUAGAGGACGACUUUCGUCACAUUUUGACUACAAAUACGGAGGCUUUGGAUGCGGAGAGGCUGCACGGGUCGAUUCGUAGGGUUUCAUUGUCGUUUGCUUCAAAUGACGGGGAGAUUGAGGAUUUUGGGAGUUUUGGAGAGGAAGAUCAGGUGAGUGGGUAUUGUCACGAGAGAGGUGCGAGUUUGGGGAAUGAUGUGUGUGUGGACUUGAUUAAACCCGAUGCUGUGGGACAGUUGAAGGAAAUUGCCGACUUGAUGAUUCGGUGUGGGUAUGAGAAAGAGUGUUGUCAGGUAUAUAGUAGUGUUCGCCGAAAUGUUCUUGAGGAGUGUAUGUCGAAUCUGGACGUCGAGAAGCUGAGCAUUGAGGAGGUCCAGAGGAUUGAGUGGAAGUCAUUGAACGAGAGGAUGAAGAAGUGGAUUCAAGCUGUUAAGAUUGUGGUUCGGGUCCUUUUGUCAGGGGAAAAACAGCUUUGUGAGCAGAUCUUUUCCGAGUCUGAGCUGAUUCAGGAGGUUUGCUUUGUUGAGACUGCAAAAGGGUGCAUGAUGCAGCUGUUGAAUUUUGGCGAGGCAGUUGCAAUUGGGAAGAGGUCCUCGGAGAAGUUGUUCCGCAUACUCGAUAUGUAUGAUGCGCUUAUGGAUGUUUUAUCAGAUUUGGAAGCACUGUUUAAGGAUGAAUCGGGUGAGUUAGUAAGCAGUGAGGCAAAUGGGGUGCUAAAUUCACUUGGCGAAGCUGCCAUUGGGACGUUUGUUGAGUUUGAAAAUGCUGUUCAGGGUGAACAAUCUAGGAAACCAACACAAGGUGGUGAGAUUCACCCACUGACCCGUUAUGUGAUGAAUUAUUUGAAAUUGUUGGUUGAUUACAGUGAGACUCUUAAUGAGCUCUUAAAGAAAAAUGGGGAUGAGUCUGAUUGUUUGCAGAAUAGUGAUGGUGAUCAUUUGGAGUUAGAAAGCAUGUCUCCGAUAGCAAAACAUUUGCUGUCACUGAUUACGACUCUGAAAUCAAACCUUGAAGAGAAGUCCAGAAUGUAUGAGGAUGGUGCAAUGCAAUACAUAUUCUUGAUGAACAAUAUCCUUUACAUAGUUCAGAAAGUAAAAGACUCUGAGCUUAGGAACCUUUUGGGAGAUAAUUGGGUGCGUAAGCGCCGUGGUCAGAUUCGCCAAUAUGCCACAAGCUAUCUCCGAGCUUCAUGGAGCAAGGCCUUGUCUUGUUUGAAGGAUGAAGGGAUUGGUGGGAGCACGAGUAAUGCAUCCAAGGUGGCAUUAAAAGAAAGGUUUAAGAAUUUCAAUGCAUGUUUUGAAGAUAUUUAUAGGAUUCAGACUUCUUGGAAGGUCCCAGAUGCUCAACUUCGCGAAGAGCUUCGAAUAUCCAUAUCAGAAAAAGUGCUUCCUGCCUACCGCGCAUUUUUGGGAAGGUUUGGGAGUCAACUAGACAGUGGAAAGCAUACUGGGAAGUACAUAAAGUACACUUCAGAGGACUUAGAGAAUUACCUGUUGGAUCUAUUUGAAGGGACACCUCUCGUACUGCACCACAUGAGAAGAAAAAGUACAUAACAUGCAGGACUCAUGUAACAGGUUUUUGAGAAAGGUAUCCAUACCAUACUUUCCUUCACGUACUGUAAUAAUCUGUACAUGUACUAUCAAUCCUCUGUAUGUGUGAAACUUAAGGUGGUUCAUCUCUUUAUUGUCAUGACUCACAUUAGAGCUGAACUAAUAUUGUGUCCAUGAUCUUAUCACAUUUGAGUGGCUAUUGGGUAAACUGAUUGUUCAAUUGACAUGUUGAUCGUUGUCACAUUUCACCAUUGUUACUUGUUAAGCAGCUGGCGAACAGCCUCCCUCUCCCCCAGAUCCCAAAAAAAGAAAUAAUGUUUUAUUUACGUCCUACAACCCUUGCAGCCUCUUGAACCUAAGGCUUCCAAAUUUUCAAAACCUAGGCGGGGUGGAGCUAUAGUUCCAUGUAGAAAUGCUUCUCCAAAAGUUGACACCCUUUUAUUACUACUACUGUUAGUUUCUCUAGGGAAAUAUAAUAGUUCAGCUUCAACAGUUCAACCUCGUUAAAAGGUCAUACCCACCCAAUACAACACCCAUGAUUACAAGUUACUUGAUCAAUUAGCUGAAUUAGUUGCUGAAAUGUUCUUGCAACUUGUGAAACUUUUCAGCAGUUGCAUAAUUUCUGCUCCGUUGACAAUAGUUUCUUCUGUAACUUAAUGUCAGCAUAUGUUCUGUAACUUGCACACCAAGAUACAAGAAAAUAGACAGUUAGACACUAGGAACUAAUUUCCUCUCAAAUCAAUCAAUUUUCUAGUUUGAGUGCUGGUGAGCUCAAAGCAGAAGAUUACAGUAG